AUGCCAGAAGGCAGCAGAGUGAUGUUCAGCAUGUGCUCUACCAUGUUGUGAAGUAAACGUCGCCGGCAUCAGGACAAUGAUGGAUCCGCGCUCAGGAUACAGGCGAACAAUACCGCAGUUUAUCGGACAUUCUCCGCCACCUGGUCUAUACGCGAAGGACUCUUCGUCGUGGGUGCUAUGGCCAGGAGCGGGGCCGGAGACGAUGGGUGGAGGCGGAGGAGGAGGCGGCAUGGAGAGAGGCCCCCCCAGCCGGGGGCGGCUAUGGAGUGUGUUGCUAGGCCUAGCUGUUCUUGUCGUCGUACUUGCUGUACUGGCCAUUGCUGCUCUCGCCAUCUAUAUGGCAGCUAUGCGGCUAGAUACCGGAAAAUUUCUCAUAUUCGAUGGAAGCUUGAGAGUAACGUACGGUGAUUAUUUCACAUCUGCUCUCCUCAAUCAUUCAUCCAUAGCUUUUAAGGAUAAAGCUCAAAAGUAUAAAAUUAUGGUUGAGAAUCUGUAUAGCAGAAGUGAGUUGGGACCAGCUCUUCGGCAAUGCAUUAUUACAGGCUUUGCAAAUGGAAGUCUUGUUGUAUUUUUUCGUAUAAUACUUGAUCGCCGAAAGAUACCAAAGAAAGUAACGAACAUUGAAGAUGCUGCAAGGAUGAUUAUUCAAGCAGAAGCAACAUCUCUGAAACCGGUUGCGAUGAAGAAUAUAAGGGUUGACCCAAAACAAAUUUACAUAAGACGUAAUCUAGAUCAACCAGUUAGCUACAAGUCUGAAGAGAUCAGCUCGAUGAAGAAACCAUUGAAAAAUGAUGAUAAAAAUAACACAAUUCCAACAGAGGUGAGGAACGGCCUAGUACACAAAUCCACAGUUCGCAGUUCACUCUCCAAUAGAACGCAGGAUAAUAAAUCUACCAAAGACAGUGGUGCGCGUGGAUCCUUCAAGUUCACUACUUCCGGGAGAAAGGAAAUUGAUUCGAAAGAUCAAAAUUUGACAACAUCGGUGAUAAUUGAAGAUGUGCAAAUGCCGAAAACAAAAGUGCAGACCCACAAGAAUGAGAAAUAUCGACCUCCAUACGUCAAAACAACAACAAGUACCGAAUCGGUACGGAUUUUCAGUGUAGAAAAUACAACCCCGAAAUAUACAGAUAUUUUUAGAAGAUCAAGUACAAGAAGUCCAAUAAUUGUGCCUACUGUACCAAUUUAUAGGAGAAAAUCGGAAGUAUCUACAACUAUGGGUACAGAUCUUAUGACACUUGUGCCAUUCUUUCCGCAAAACUCGGAUGCUCCGUGGAAGCCUGUGCUGCCUGAAAACUUCACCCGCCACCCGCAGAGGAGGCCGCCGCAGGUCACCGAAGACUACCAGCCAACGCAAAUGGGCGUUGGUGUGGCCGAAGUCAUACUGGAGUCCGGUGACAUCGUUCCUGAAUUCUCUCGCCAAGUGAAUCAGAUAAUUUUUUCCGGCCCAAGCAGAGAAAUCCACCUCAAGGUGUUUACACCGGUUCAAGGGUCGGUGAGGAGCGAGGAGUCUAAUGAGGGAUCAAGGUCUAGUGAGAAAGUAUCAACUUUCCAGCUGUUUGUAGAGCAGGAUGACAGCUUGAUCGACGACCGUCACAUUCUGCACACUGCCAGUGGGGACAUCAUUCACAAGCCCGACCAUCACAGCUAUUCACCCCGGUCGGGAAGCUCUUCAGUCUACGCCCUGCCUGACUACGCAUCAGUCAAACAAUUUCACGACAUGGACAUGUUUUUAAAAUCUUAUGAUGAGGCCGUUUCAAAGCAAAUGAGAGCUGAAGAUAGUCUCUCCAAUAUGGGGAGAUCGAGUAAUGCUAAAUUUAAUAUGGGGCUUCUAAAUUUGACCAAUGAACACGAUAAUGUGUAUCACGAAUCGAAAACCAACCCAAAAACAUCUCCAGCGCCGAUGAUGGAGUAUAAAUCUUCUGAACUUCCCAUAGUUACCCUGAUCCCAGUUCGUUCCAAUUUGGGGAUUGGACGUCCUCUCAGGCCGCGACCCAAGGCAACAACCAUCAGCACAACCACAAUGAGUUCCACUCCAUCGAAAAAUACAACUGAUGCUCCUAUAACAUAUACAGUAACGACUACUCAGUCCAGUCCUCAACCAUCUUUGACAUCAUCAGCAUCCACCAAAUCUUUUCAAUCUAUCUUGUCAACAUUCUCAUUAUCAACACUGGAAUUUUCUCCACCUCAUCAGACAAAGUCGUCUUUAUCAGACUUACUGACAUCUCCUCUAUUAGCAGCUAACUUCUUUAAUGAUCAGCCUUCAUCAUCAACGCAGAGUUCAUUUCCAAUCGUCUCAUCUGAGCUUGAUAGCUCCCAGAAAACAACAACAGAAUCAAUACCAUCUACAGAUAGCGAUAUCAGUACGAUAACAGAAGAUUUAAUCUCAACACUUCCUCCUACUGAAACUAAUUAUUUGAUGGAUUCUGUUACAGAUUUAGAAACAACUAUCCCAACAGAUUCUCCAAUUCAUGUUUCAGAUGAUCUCACAACGAACACUCAAAGCUCAGCUGAUGAUACCACAAUCAAUAUACCUACCACACAAACUGAUGAAGCUCUAUCAACUUUAUCACCGUCAGCGGAUGAAAAAGAUGUAGAAUUGAUACAAAUGAGUCGACAAGCAAAGAUGAAGAAUGAAGAAAAUCAACAGAAUGAGAAUCAGUGGACGAAGAGAAUACAAAAUUAUCCAGUUCCUGCUAUUGUAAACAACUCAAUGCGUUUCAUGCUUAAUGAAACCCAAGAUAAUUCUGGAGCUCAUCCUAAGAACCGUUAUGAUAUUGAGCUUCUACUAGAGGAAAUUUUCAAUAAUGAUACUUCUCCAUUGAAUAUUCUCCUGACCUCUCUCACUUUGAACACAAUCAAUAGGACAAACGGUAAUGAUAACUAUCGACCACAUUCAUCAAACAAUGAUCAAAUUGUGGAUUAUCAAUCAGAUGAUGCUAACAUUAUCAAAAGUAUGAAGCCAAUCGAUGUCAACAGUUACAGCAUUCUACUAGGAAAUCACACUCUUCAAUUUCCUCAGCAUGUUUCCAGCAGUGAACAUAACAACAGUGAAAACAUUCUAAAUAAUGAUACUUUCAAGUUUUUGACCUCCUCCCAGUAUUUUUCUAAAGACAAGUUACAGGAGUCAGAUGGAAAAGAAGUAACGCCGAAGUCUAUUUCGUUGAGCUACGCCAAUAAUGCUGGACUACCAAUGCUAACCAAGGUCUUCAACAAGAUUCCAGCUAAAGAUGCAGCAAGUGAAAAAACUUUUACUGCACAAAGUGUUCAUAAUGAAUCAGAUUGUUCGAACACCACAAUCAGGUGUAAGAGUGGUGAGUGCAUCCCAGCGACAUCUCGCUGCAACCAUCUUGUGGAUUGUUCCGAUGGAUCGGACGAGAAGAAUUGUUCAUGUGUGGAAUUCCUUCAGGCUCAAUUCUUGACAAGGAAAAUUUGUGACGGUGUAAUAGACUGCUGGGACUUCUCUGACGAAAACAACUGUGAAUGGUGCACACCAGGGCAACACGUAUGCGCAGACUCGAGAGUUUGUAUCAAUCAAGAGCAGUUGUGUGACGGCAACAAGGACUGCCCACAAGGCGAUGAUGAGAAACAGUGUGUCAGCAUCGCACCAAGUCUGGCACAAGCCAAUGACAUGACUUAUUAUUCUCAAGGAUUUUUGAUGGUGCGCAAACAAGGAAAGUGGGGGAAAUUAUGCCUACAAAAUUUCAAAGAUCUAUUCCUCACGUCGAAAUCAAAUUGGAGUAUAUCAGAGAUUGGUCGAUCCAUAUGCAAAGCAAUGACUUACAGCGACUUUAUUAGAAUGGAUCGCCGAAUGGAUUAUACGAUGCUAGGAGGUCGUGAGCACAUGGAUUAUUUUGAGCUAUCAACAGUGGAGGAUGAUCAAGAUAAUUCAUUCAGACCGAAUCUAUCGUUUUCGAGAACAAACUGCUCUGAUAAAGAAGUGGUGCAAGUGACUUGCAAAGGACUCGAGUGUGGAAUGCGCCCUCAAGCCAGCACUAAAAUAACAAGUGGAGCAAGGGGCGUGCGACACUCGCGCAUCGUUGGCGGGGGCAACGCGGCUCACGGGGCGUGGCCGUGGCAGGCCGCUCUCUACAAGGAGGGCGAAUUCCAAUGCGGCGCCACUCUCAUCUCUGACCGUUGGCUGCUCUCCGCCGGGCAUUGCUUCUAUCGAGCAGUGGAGGAUUUCUGGGUAGCCCGUUUGGGCGCCCUGCGCAGAGGCACCAAUCUGCCGUCGCCCUACGAGCAGCUACGGCCCGUGUCACGCAUCAUCCUGCACCCGGGCUACGUGGACGCUGGCUUCGUCAACGACAUCUCACUGCUGCAGCUCGAGACCCCUGUCACGUUCACCAACUUCGUGCGGCCCAUCUGCCUGCCUCAGCCCAACACACCUGUCAGGGACGGAACCAUGUGCACUGUGGUCGGGUGGGGACAGCUUUUCGAAGUCGGCCGGAUAUUCCCCGAUACCCUGCAAGAGGUGCAGCUGCCUGUGAUCUCUACAAAUGAGUGUCGGAAACGGACUCUCUAUCUGCCCCUGUAUAGGGUGACCGAGAACAUGUUCUGUGCCGGAUACGACCGUGGAGGAAGAGAUGCUUGUCUCGGGGAUUCCGGUGGACCUUUGAUGUGUCAGGAGAGUGACGAUCGGUGGUCGCUGGUGGGGGUGACAAGCAACGGAUACGGCUGCGCGCGGGCGAAUAGACCCGGCGUCUACACCAAAGUGGCCAACUACCUGAGCUGGGUGCAGACGAGCAUCGCCGGUGCAGACGGCAAUGCGACCGGUGCAGACGGCAAUGGCGGCCCAUCUCAGCCGAAGCGGCCCGUCUGCCACGGCCACCGCUGCCCGCUCGGCGAGUGCCUUCCCGCCACCCGACUCUGCAACGGCUUCGUCGAGUGCAGUGACGGCAGUGAUGAGAAAGACUGCUGGUGAGGUGCCAAACGCGGUCAGCAUUUCAAAAUAUUGCCAACUAAAGAAAUUGUUCUUUGGAGUCAAGUGGUGAGAUGGAAGUAGUGAGAAAAACUGUUGGUGAGACUCAAAACAACAAUUUGAUCACGUUCAACAUCAAAAUAAUAUUGUAGUGUGAAGAUGGACGUGCCGGAGAAGUAUGUUGGUGAUUUUCAAAUAACAAUUUUAAGGCAGUCAAUAAUAAAUUCUUCGAACAGUGAUACAUCACAGAUUGAAUUGGAUAAUUGCCUUUAUUGAGUGCGGGGUUAGGACGCUAGGUCCUCUCUCCCACACGACCCUAGCUGAUUCUUGAGAGUGUAGAGAUGGAAGUGACAGAGUAUAUUAGUGAGAUUCAACAACAACCUGAACGCGUUUAGCAUAAACACAUCUUCCCACUGUUGAACAGUUACACAUUGGUCUGCUUUUUGGAGAGAAGAGAUGAAAGUGGUGAUAAAGACUCUUGGUAAGACUUAAAACAACAAUUUGAACGCAUGCAGGUACGAAAUACUAUUGCCAACAGAAAUAUAUAUUUAUAUUCAACAAUGCAUUAUGUUUUGUACCGUUGGAGAUGGAUUUGGUUCUCGUUAAAAUUUAGAUUGAGGUUUUAGGAAAUGAUUAACGGCUUCAUUAGAAGGCUAUGUUGAACAAAACUGAUGGAAACUUAGGUUCAAAUACCACAGGAAAUCGACUGUAAUAAGUAAUCCAAGUUCUCAAAGGGCAGUCCAUCAGGUGACUAAAAAUCAAAACCGGUCCCAUUUCAUGACCUUGCCAAAACAAAAGCGGUGAAAUUCUCAGGCUAUAAUAAACUACGGUACAUCAAUAUCAACAAUAACAAUUUCUAGCCAACUAGAUAAGGCUGUAAUAUCAAUCAUUUACCAGUUAACAUUUAAAUUUUCAUCAUCACAAGGGAUGAAAUAUCACAGAUAUUUCCAAGAAAGAAAACACAAGAAAACACCCUUAUUUUGUGUUUUUACCUGUGGCACUUGAAUAAUUUUAAUUUCCAACACAAACAGUUACUGAAUCUAGUGGAAAAUUGGUACUUGAAUGUUAUGUGUUACGACCGUUCACCUUAAAAUAAUCACCAACCAGUGAUGUAUUGAUUAUGGGAGUAAUGGAAAAUUCAUCUCAUUGUAAGUUAAUGGAGUGUUGAAAAACUUUCUGUGUAGAAAUAAUUUAUGAUUAGGAAUAUUUCAAAUUUGGUCUCGUGUUUAAUAGAUUUAAUUGGGAAUUAUAAGCAGAGUGCAGAUAAGAGAAAGAUAUCAAAUACAGUGAGCUAUAACAUAAAAUAAGCAUUUUUACUAGUGUAUGCUUUCUCAUGGUUAUGAUGAUUUUCAGCCGACUUGAAAUGAUUUUUGAAACUGCGAUGAAUUAUUUAUGUUUUUACUUUUAUGCUUUCUCAAGUUCUGUAUUUCAUAAGAUAAUAAUUAUUACUAUAAAAAGAUUAACUAAUUCAAUUAUAAAUACAUUAAACCUUCAAGUCAGUAAUUACUAGUAGGCAGAUGAAUCUUAUGAAUUAAUAAGAACAGAGAAAUGAUACCAUUUCUGCAUCGAAAGGAUUCUUUAUAAAUGUUAUAUUGCACUUUAAAACAAACAUGAUAUCUUUUAUUAAAUAUUUAAUUUUGGACUAAAAAUUCUCUGGAAUUAGCAGGUAAAAACUUUGUUGUGCCUCAAUAUGUUUGUAUUGUAUAGGCCUAUCUAUUUAUAUUCACGAAGGCUACAUUGAUUAGAGAAAAUAUUUUUAUGAUAACGUUUGAUCACUAUUUGUCAUUGACUAAGAUCUUAAACAAUUUCAAAUGAAGGUUUGUCAUUUUCCGUGAUGAUUCCGUCUUACACAGUGCAAAAUGGUUUCAAUUUUCCAAAGGGUAUUUUUGAUUGAAGAAACCUCGCUUGGUAUAGAUUUAGAUAGGGGUUUCUUGACUUGAAAUCCUUUGGGUAUUGAUUCGACUUAUCAAUAGUCAAAUUCGAAAUUGACUAUUUCGCAAAUGUUCACACAUUCAUACAUUCUGUUAAAUUAAAAAUCUGGAUUCAAGUUUCUUAAUAUUAUAUUUACUUGUUUAUGUUAUGAGCUCAACUUUUUACGUAUUUUUUAUUUGUUAGUUCUAUCUUAUUCAUUUCUUAUUCUAAGUUCAACAUUAUCAUUAUAGCUGUCUUCAGUAGAUACAAAAAUAUUAUGUAAUUCAUCAAAAUUUAUAACUUGAAUAAUAAUUAUUAGAUUUAUUGAAUUGACUGUGAUAAUAGAGUAGGACUAUUCAAUUUUACUCAGCUUGAAAAAUGUCAAGUAAAUUAGAAUGAUAUUUUGUAUGUAGUAACAUUUGACUACAUGGUAUUUCUAUUUAUAUAACUUCUCUCCAGAAAUUAUAAUAUAUAUAUCAUUUCUAUCCAUGUAAAUUUUUAAACUAAAAAUGAAAUAAACAGAUUUCUGAAACAAAAAUAGUUUUUUUCUUUAUAAUA